GCCCUCGAAGCGGGUGACUCGGCCGGCGGUCCGCAAUUCUUCCCGGCUAGAUUGCCCUCCCCGCGGGAUUGGGCUGUCCUGCACCGCUCACGCGCUCGGCUGCGGUGGCUGCUUUGGCGGGGAAGGAGGAGUUUGGGGAGAAGAUGAAGGCAGCGGGCAGCAGCUGAGGCGAGGCGAGGGCGAGGCGAAGGCGAGGGGCGACGGAUAGAGCAGCUCGCGCCCGGGGAUUCAUCUCCAGCAAAGGGAAUGGCUUACGCCGGGGCUGCGGGAGACGAGGAGCCUUCUCCCGGCACCUCCAGCCGCAGAGAGGACGAGGGCUACGGCGGAGGCCAGGCGGCUGCGAUGCUGCGGGAAGCCCUCUCGCUGGAAGAGAUCCUCAAGCUCUACAACCAGCCCAUCAACGAGGAGCAGGCGUGGGCCGUUUGCUACCAGUGCUGCGGUUCCCUCCGCGCCGGCGGUCGCCGCGGAGAGAGCCUGAGCCGCCGAGUGGAGAGCCCUGCCGACAUCCGCAUCUGGAGGGAUGGGACCGUCACUUUGAAUGGAAGCGGCGCCGCUCGAAGCUCGCCCGGAGCAGGUAAAUCUGGACAUUCACAUUUUUCUGAAACAAAGGUUAUAGAAUCCCUAGGAAUUAUUAUUUAUAAAGCACUGGAUUAUGGCUUGAAAGAGAAUGAAGAGCGGGAGCUAAGCCCUCCCUUGGAGCAACUGAUUGAUCGUAUGACUAAUACAGUGGAAGCAGAUGCAACCAAAGAUGAAGGUUAUGAAGCUCUGGAUGAAGCUGCAGAUGAUGAACAUAAAGACAAUAUUGAAGUUAUACAGUCUUAUAGAGAUGUCAUUAAGCUUUGCGCUACCCAUCUGCCAACCCAAUCAGAUGCUGCAAAUCACUAUCAAGCAGUAUGUCGCGCACUAUUUGCUGAAACAAUGGAGUUGUACACAUUCUUGGCCAGAAUUAAAAGUGCUAGAGAGAAUUUAAAGAAAAUUCAGGAAAUGGACAAAGAAGGAAAUGACGAAUCUAGCACUGAUCUUGAUGAAUUAAAAACUGCUGAUUGGGCACAGUUUUGGGUUCAAGUUAUGAGAGAUUUGCGAAAUGGUGUAAAACUUAAGAAAGUUCAAGAACGUCAAUACAACCCUCUUCCCAUAGAAUAUCAGCUCACUCCAUAUGAAAUGUUGAUGGAUGAUAUUCGAUCCAAGCGCUAUACUUUAAGAAAGGUUAUGGUCAAUGGGGAUAUUCCUCCACGAUUAAAAAAGAGUGCCCAUGAAAUUAUCUUGGACUUCAUCCGGUCUCGACCUCCAUUAAAUCCUGCAUCUGCAAGAAAACUGAAGCCUACUCCACCACGGCCACGUAGCCUCCAUGAAAGAAUUCUGGAAGAAAUAAAAUCUGAAAGAAAGCUAAGACCUGUUUCACCUGAUGAGGUCAGGCGUAGCAGGCUAGAUGUACCUACAUCAGCGGCCUCCCAAAAGCUAUUAGAAAGCUGUAUAGCGAAUGGCAGCUUGGAAUCCAAAGCAAAAAUAAAUGGCAUAGGUACGACGACGAAAUUAACAGUGCAGCGGAAGAGACUUUUGAAAGCUCCCACCUUGGCUGAACUGGGUAGCUCAGAUUCAGAGGAGGAGUCUAUACCCAAAUCAGCCAGUAGUGGUAGUGUUUCUCCCUCCCAGAUGGAAGAUGUAUUUCUGGAGACCACAUCUGGAAAAAAGGUGCCUCCAAAAUUCUUGCCAAUAUCAUCUACACCACAGCCAGAAAGGAGACAACCACCUCAGAGACGACAUUCUAUUGAGAAGGAAACACCAACCAAUGUACGGCAGUUCUUGCCUCCCACAAAACAGAGCUCCAGAUCCCUUGAAAACCCCAUAUUUCUGUUGUUGUUUGGUCUUAUGAGAAUGAGGAGACUUCUUGAGGAGUUUUGCUACCCGGUGGAAUGCCUGGCUCUCACAGUGGAAGAAGUAAUGCAUAUCCGUCAAGUGCUAGUAAAGGCAGAACUAGAGAAGUAUCAACAAUACAAAGAUGUCUAUACUGCUCUAAAGAAGGGAAAGCUCUGUUUUUGUUGUCGCACAAGAAGAUUUUCUUUCUUCACUUGGUCCUAUACUUGUCAGUUUUGUAAAAGGCCUGUAUGUUCACAGUGCUGUAAAAAAAUGCGCCUACCAUCAAAGCCAUAUUCCACUCUUCCAAUUUUUUCCCUGGGACCUUCUGCUUUACAGAAAGGAGAAAGCUUUAUGAGGCCUGAUAAAACUCCCAUCAGCCAUCAUAAGUCACCGAAGGGCAUGCCAAGGUUGUCCUCAAAGUCCAAGUCUGUAGAUAAGUCAAAUGAAGAACCAUUUUUUCCAAAAGAACUCAUGGAGGACUGGAGCACCAUGGAGGUGUGUGUGGACUGCAAGAAGUUCAUUUCGGAAAUCAUUAAUUCAAGCCGCCGCAGCCUCUCUCUGGCUAACAAACGAGCCAGAUUAAAAAGAAAAACACAGUCAUUCUACAUGGCAUCUCCAGGCACUUCAGAAUACUGUCCUUCUGAGAGGACUAUCAAUGAAAUCUGAGUCUUGUGCCUUUCUCUUUAUUUACUCUUCAUGAGAUCCUGAGAAAACUCCUCAAAACCAGAGCAUCAUUCUUUCCUUUGUUCUACUUGAUCAUUUACAUUUUCAUUAGCUUAUUGGUUUCCCUGCUCUAUAUAAUUUAUAAAAAGAAUCAGAAAUUGUCCUACCCACCAGGCCAGUGAAUAAGCUUGUUUUACUGGAGGAAAGCAACUAUACUAGAUUGUUGUCUACUUGUAUAUGUUUAGUGUACAAAGGAAGUCUUUAUUUGUAUUUUUCCUAUUUAUCCCUUAGUUAUUUUUAAGAUGAGUGUCUAUGUAUGUAUAUAUAUAUGUAGAUAGAUCUAAAGAAAAACUAGAUUAUGGUGUUAGUACAUUUGUAAACCAUAUUGGCAUUUGCUACCAAUUAAAUAUUAAUCAUAUUUUGUUAAUUUGACGUAUCUAGUCCCCUAUUGUACAGAACUUGAUAUCUUAUAGCACAAGAUUAAGAACGAUUUGUUGAUAUGCUGGAAAUGGUUGGUUGAUCAAUCCAUACCAUCUCAGUCUUAGUAUAAAAUACUGAAUAAGCUGGAAGCCUGAAUGGGUAAUUAUUUUCCUGCAGCUUCUGCUAUACUAUAAUAAAAUUAGUGUGUUCAAAAUAAUAUUUUUUCUCCUAUUUGGAAUGUAAUCUGAAUAUUAGUAGUAGUGUUACCUGCAGCUUUUAUAAAUAAACAAACAAAACCCUUUAUAGAGGCAGAAUGCAAUAUAAGUUUAGUUUUUAAUAUGAAUGAACUUUUGUAAACUAGGGUUCUCUGGGUAAUAAUCCUGAGAAAGUUAAGAUAAAUAUGUAUAUUUGUUUUAUAGAGCAAUACAUAAGUACUGCUGUAACUAAGAAUAUGGGAGCAUGUCUAUUAUUAACCCCAUUUUUAUAGGGGUAAGUAUCUUGGCUGUAAAGAUUUUUUUCCUGGAAAAAUUUGGGACAACAUGUCUCGGAUUAAGAAGUGUUUUUGUUUCCUUGUUUUCAAAAGGUUGGAGAAACACUGAAUGUUUUCAAGUUAAAAUACUACUGAACAUCACAUUUUUGCACUGUUUUAUAGUCAGAUUUUUUAAAACAAAACUGGAGCUUAGUAUGGAAUUGGGUUAUUUUUAUAUAUAUAGCAGCCCAUUUAAACUGUUUGCAGAUCAUCUGUGGAAUUACUCUGCUAUGUUUUAAUGACCUAGUUUAUGUUUAGAAUCAAAAUACAAUAUAUGAUGGAAAAAAGGUUGCAUUUUUAUAUUGUAAAGGGAAUGAGUGACAUCUCAGUUCACUUCCAAAAAUAGAUAAAAUUUUCUUAUAUCAAUUACUAACCAGAUAUUUAUUUAUGAAAUAUACUAUCAAAAUUUAUUCUGUCAUCUUAAUCCUUGAGCAUUAAUAUUUUGAUUUGAUUAUUCCUUGAAUACCCAAACAGUUUACUGUUACAUUACCUAACUGAAAUUAUGAAUGUUAAAUUUAAUAUCCAGAGAUCAAGAAUUCAUCUAUUUUGGGGAUGAACAUUGGGCUCCCAUAGAAACUGUCAAAACAAAUUGUAGAUGACAAACAUAUUGUGAUGAACUAACUAUAUAAAAAAGUAACAAUAAAAAUAAGUCAGCAAUCUUUCCAGGAAAGAGGCAUGAUUAUGCAAUAUCCCAAAUAAAUAUUAAAUAUAUUAGGCAUAAUUUUAGAAAAUUAAAUAGCUAAAAUCUCAUGCAUAAUACAACAAAUUUUGAAAGAUCUGAUGAUCCUACAGGAUCAUAGAUAUUUAAAAUUUAUUGAAAACUAUAUGUUAGAGUUGUGACAACAUGAGUGAUUACUGACAAACUCCAAGAUAAUUAAUAAUCAUUCCUGUUAAUCAGCAAAUAAUUUAUCUUAGAUUCUUUGCUCUCUUUAACUUAAAAUCUACAUACACAUAUAUCAAGGAAGCAAAGUAUUGCUCUAUCAUCAAUCUGAUAGUCCUUAUUACCCUGAUUUAUCCAGAAUCUUUCCGUAUUGUACAUUCACUUCCAAUGUAGCUGAUCUUCUGGCUAUAUCACCUAGUUCUCAUUACAAAAUAAAAAUAGGUUAUUUUUUUCUACAGAAACCAUCUUUUGAAAUGUAGGCUACAAUACUUCAAUAAAAUUUCAUAAAAUACUAGAGGAUUUUAUUAAAUUCUCUAUCGGCAAAGAUUUUCCAUAGUUUUCACAUUUUUUGUGUGUUUUAUGUGGGGCCAAGGAGAACACAAAAAGUUAAGUAUUAUAUUAAUAUAUAAAUUUAUUUCUUAGCAAAUUCUGGUACGUGAGAUUAACCUGAAUUUUUAGGACAAUAGUUGGAUAGUUGCCUACAUAUAUUUGAUGUACUAAUGAAAUGAAUGAAUUAAAGAUUUUGUAUUGGGCUGCACAGGAGAAAUAUAGGUAAUCCUCAACUUAACUACCACAAUUGGAAUUGGAGUUUCCAUUGCUAAGUAAGUUAAAUGAGACACCCAAUUUUACAAUCUUUUUUGCCACAGUUGUUAAAUGAACCACUGCAGUUAAGGGAAUCAUGUAGCUAUUAAGCAAAUUCAGUUUCCCCUAUUGACUUUGCUUGUUGGAAGCCAGCUGGGCAGGUCGCAAAUGGUGAUCACAUGAUCCCAGGACAUUGCAACUAUUGUUAAAAUACAUGUUAGUUGCCAAGUGUCUGGAUUUUAUUUUGAUUACAUGACCAUGGGGAUGUUGCGGCAGUCGAAAGUGUAAAUCACCUUUUUUAGUGCCUUUGAAUAGUCCUAAAAUGAAUGGUUAUAAGUUGAGGUCUAUCUGUAUUCAGCAGUUGUAUAUAGACAAUGUUUUACCAAUUUGUACUAAAAAAAAGUUUACCCCAAAAUUCCAUACUUCAAGCUGAAAAAUGAAUAGACAGUUGUAAUAUUUUCCAUUUUUCUGAUCCGUAACUACCCCUCUCAUAAUUACAUUUUGCUUACAUUCACAAUAUAAAUGUCAGAACUGAUUUAAAUAGCUUAUUUUCUGUGAAGGCAAAGCCUACUGAAGAAGAAAUUGUAUAAAUGAAAAUCUACUACUUCCCUUUUCCCUUUUUCUUUACAGCUGGGUUUAAAUCUAUUUAUAAAUUAUCCCCUAGUGAUUGCUUAUCAACAUAUGCUAUGUAAUUCAAAAUCAGCUCCUUAUGAAAGGUCCCAUAAAUUAAAAAACAUCCAUUCAUAGGAACAUUGUCAUCUGACUGGAAUUUUAUUAAACUGAGGCUUUCUUCUCUACCUCAGAUAGUUUUUUUUAAUUUAAACCCAAGUUAAUGCUUUGCCAACGCACAGAUUCUUCUACCAGUUUGGCUGCUUUGAAGGUUUUCACAGUGUCUCUGCAUAAGAAAAAGUUUUCAAAAUAUUUGUCCUGAGACUUACAGAGAAUAUGGCGUCAAUGCAGAAGGGUAUUUAGUUUGUACUGGUCCACUUUGUGAUUGUUUUUUAAUGCUUUGCACAAAUGUCCUGUGCCUAAUUGGUUGGGAAUAUGACAAAGCUGUUCUACAAGCCAAAUGUUCCAUGACUGCAUGCUUUCAAAAGAAAAGUACACCCCAGGAGGGAAAAAUCAAACAGAAGACUUGGAUUACUGUAUACUGAUUCUGAAAGCACAUUUGAUCAUCAUGUGAUGUGUGUCAGAGUUAAAUGAACCAUUUGCAAGUUACAUAUUUGUUAUUUGCAUUCCUAUGGUUUAUAUGAUUUCCCUUUCCUGUUUCCAAGAUCAAUUCUUGCCAAAAGUGGGAAACUUAAAAAAGAUCAUCACUAAACUUAGAUCUGGCAGCCACCACACUUUCAAACUAAUAAGAGAAUUAGAUGAACUCUUGGGUGGGUCAGAAUCCUAUCCUACCACUCACUAGGAAGGGACAUCAAGCAAAUGUCUUUUUGCAGUUCCGUGCUAUUCACAAGCGAAACAUAGGAAACCUUAAGACAUUCCAGCAUCUGACCUUGUAUCUCAAUGCUGUGAUCUGCACUAAGCUUCAAAGCCCAUUGGCAUGUAUAGAACGGUACACUUUUUAAAUGCAUGAAGAUAUGUAAAAUAAGAAAACACAAGGUCACUUUAACGACUAUGGAUUGGAUACCGAAGUUUGGAUUUGGCUGAAUCCGUAGGGAAAAGCCACAAAUACACAGCACAAUUCUUUUUGCCAAUGUCUAUUUCAAAAUUUGAUCUGAAAGACUGGGGAAAUCCUAAACCUUUUAAUGAGAUGACACAGAGAACUGCUAUAGAAAUUAGGUACUCAGCUUUCCACCAGCAAGAACCCUUUGCUGGAAGCUGCUGCUGGCUGUCAAGAACAAUAACUCUUCGCUUGUACAGAGAUUCAAAUUACGAUAAUUUGAUUUCACAUUUUAGAUUUUGUUCCUGACUGAAGACUUUUCUUUUUGCAAAUGAAGAUGUUGCAAAAAAGCUUUGAGAUGUAUUUGUAGGGAAAUUACUGUCCUUUUUUUCUUCAUUGACUUUCUUUUGUUUUGAAUCUUGCUUUCUGAGAGGGCUGUGCUCACCCGGAAAUUCAUCCAGGCCAAUGGCAGAAGAAAACCAUAUCGUAAAAAUAGGAGGAACAAAUGAAAAUCAAAUGCAUGAAGGAUUAUUGGAGAAAGUUGAGUUUAUUAGAGCUGGAUUUAGAAUACUGAGUAAAGCCACGUAUGUUACAGUGAUAUUUUUAAAAUGAUAAGGCUUCAUCCCUUGAUUAUUCUCAGAGAGUACUUAUUGCUGCAGUGAUGACUUUAUCUUGCACUAUAAAUGAGAAAACGGUGGUAAUGAAACAGAAGUUAUACAGGCUUCCUCUCUGCCAGUAGACAAUACGUUUGGGGAAACAAGUCAAAAUCAUUUUUUUUAUUUUUUCCCUACUAUCUUCUACAUAGCUGUUUUUUAAAAAACAAAAAAAAUACAGGUCACCAAAAGUCAGGAUGCUUACAAGGAAAAAAAUUGCACACUUGUUUAGUUUUCUUUAUUGUAUUUCUGAACCUGCAAUGGUACCUGGCAAUGAUCUGAAAAGGAAGCACAACUAUAAGUUCUUUAAUCUACCUUAUGUCACCAUGCUGGCUACCCUGAUGGAUAACGAUUUGUAAAUGAA